GAGAAUCCCUCAGCGGACGCACCGCGCGCGCUCUUUUGCUCCGAGUGGAGCCCUCCUAUAAUUUUUCCGACCCGGAGUCUUGUAGUUGUAAAACUACACGUAACCCGCGUCAAAUCGCGUCAACAGUUAUGAGUUAUUUAAAAUAAUUCGAAAAGCCUUCCAUUUAAGGAAAUAAAAAAUGAAUGAAUAAACAAAACAAACUCAAUUAACAAAACAAGAAACAAAUACGCUUAUAUUUAUAUCGUUCUUAACAAGAACAAAAAAAAGAUAACUAUUUAUUUUAUACUCAAAUUGUCGCGAUACAUAUAACGGUAGUGAAAAAAAAAUUGAUUAAAGUAUUAUACAUUCCGUCGUGACGAAAAUCGUUUUUAUGUAUUCGGCAAAGGGAAGAAAAAAUUGAAUAAGGCAAAGCGAUACCAAUAUUCAAAUAACGUAACUUAGAAGGCUGACUAUUUUUAAAAUAUAAUUGAAACAUACUUAUUUGAUGAAAAUAAUAUAUAAAAAACUAUAAAUAUUUAUAUACAUUCAAAAUAUACACGUUAAAUCAUUUACGUAAUAACUUAUACAUAUAAAAUUUCUCGAAGUAAAACUUGGUUUACGAUUUUGACAUUUGGUUGCGUCAGCCGGUGCAGCAGCUACAGCAGCGCCCGUUUACCUUCUGACAUCCGUCUUUGUUCCAAACAAGAAAACUUUCAAAGUUUUAAGAACCAAAAACUUCGUUUUAUCGUGUAUUGACUUUGGACUAUAAUUUUGUGAUAUCGCAGUCAUCACCAACGUAUCAUCAUCACCGUCAUUCUCCUUACUUUUACUUAUUAUACUAGGCCAGCCAGCUGUUGGGCCAUUCUUGUGGUGUGACUACUUCUUUUGGUCAAACUACAGUUUGGUAGUGUUGCUCGAUACCUUCUUCUAUCAAAGUAGUUGGUCAUCGGUCACACGUAGCAGGAAUGGACACAUCGGGCUUGCCUGUACCGGAUGCAAUCCACCCUCUUGUAGAGCAGCUACAGGAAGCUCUGGUGCUUGAGACCAAAUAUCAACCCAACCUUCAAUUACCCAUUACCACCCAGAAUGACGAGAUAACCAUUGGCGCUCGGGAUGGAUCCGCACAUGUAUUACGUUGCUUAAAGGUAUGGUACGACCUACCUUCGGAUGUCUUCUUCAUUGCCAUCAAUUUGAUGGAUCGCUUCUUGACCAAAAUGAAAGCAAGACCUAAGCAUAUGGCAUGCAUUAGCGUAUCCGCCUUCCAUAUUGCUGCUGUUCAAAUGGCGCAAUCAUUGGAUGCAGAUCAUCUAGUUUCCAUCUCUCAAUGCAAAUGUACUGGUGGUGAUUUGAAACGUAUGUCAGAAGUUAUUCGCAACAAGCUUGGAUGGGCUCCUGGAACUCAGCUUGUUACGGCCCUCACUUUUCUGCGGCUGUUCAAUGUCAUGUUUCAUGCAGCUGCUGCACAGUUAGGACUUGCCGAACUAUACGCAAGUAUUGUCAAAGAGUCUGAACUUCUCUUGAGGCUGGAAAUGGUGGCAUGCGAUGGAAAUUGUGCUAGCCUACGACCAUCUGAAGUCGCAUUGGUUUUGUUAUGCACGUACCUGGACGCAGCUGUGAAUCGUCUGGAUAACAGUGCCGAAGCUGCUAUGUCUUUAGUAGGUACACCUGGCCCCUCCACGUCUGACUUAGCAAUGGCUGCUACUCCAGCUCAUCAAAUGUUGAGACUCGUUGACUUUGCUGCUGAGCUCCAGAAGAUUUGCAAGAUUCCGAAAAACAGCCUCUAUCGUACACACGAAGCAGUGGGUGCUAUUUUGAGCAAGUACAAUGCACAGGAACAAACACCUCAUAGGCAGAGGCUGGUGUGGAGGUUGUCCUCCAGAACUGCACGUCUUCUUCGACCAACAGAUAAAUUCACCUCCAACUUACCAGCUAUUGCUGAACAUGCACCUAUUCCAUCACCUAGCAGGAUUAGGUGUGGCAGUAUAAGUUCGUCAUCCAGCUGGACCAGUGAAGAUGAAAAUGGCAUUGAUUGGGAUAUGGAGAAUGCCGAAACAAUGUUACAUCCCAUUGAUUGGCCAAUUCAAUGUUGAUUCAGUUAAUGGUAUGAACUCGCAGACCUAGAUUUACAACAUUAUAAAUGCCAAUCGUUCAGCUCCUGUCACAUCGUAUUUCGGUUUGGCUUUGCAUUUCGUCUAAAAAAUGAAUUGGAAUUUUUUUGAGAAACCCCUAUGCCGAGAACCGAAGGCAAAAUGUAAUAUGUUUGUUUGUUAGUAUUUUGUUGAUUCAACUAUAUGCUAAACGGAGGAAUUUCAUGGGCAACUAAUGGUGAGGAGUCCUUCACAAAUGAAUUAUCUCUAGAAACCUUGACAUUUAAUGCCGUUUGUCUUUCUUCCUCGCGAUAGUGUCUCUACAUAUAAUAUUCGCAACACGUUCUAAUAUUUCAUAAACGUCGGCAUACAGAACAAGUCAAGGGAUCGUCUUUAGAUGUCACACAAUUCGCGAAAUACAAAAUAAGAAAAUUCUUGUAUUCAAUGUGAAACCCCGCAGUGCAUAGUGAAUAAGAAUUUCUUUCCAGCAUCUAAGUAUAUGAUUACGAUAGUCGUACAUACAUUUAUUGAAAUCAUUAAAAAACUACAAAAAAAAUUACAAAAAAAAAAAAAUCUUAUGCACAGGAACAAAAAAUACAAACAAAAACAAUACAAAAGAAAGUAAAAAUAAAAAAAAAAAAUAAAAAAUUAUAAAGCGUAAAAAAAGUUUUAAUUUUAAAACAAGUAAAAAUAUAAAAUGAAUUAUGUAUUAUGUAGGUAAACUUAUUAAGGUGGCUUGACAUAGCAUAAGUUUCAAGAGCUGAUUGGUCGAUUUGGAAUGUUUGUUUUUUGAUUCCAGAAUCCUGUAGACUUGCAUAUCCAUGAAUUGUAAAUACAUUUUUUUUAGUCUUUGAAUAUCUAAGAAUGCCACAGAUAACGAAACAAGAUCAUUUAGGUUUACACUAAUAAAUAUAUCAAUGAACAAUCAGGAAACCAUAGGAUGGCUAGUUCUCGAUUCUGGAAUCAUUCCAAUGGUUCAUUAACAUUCACAAGUGGUUGCAUAGUAGAUGAAAAGAUUUCAUCAACUUUUCAAAACAGCCUGUGACCCGGCUGACAAUAAUGGGCUAUUAGCAUGGUAUCAAACCGCUAGCGUGACGGUAGUGUGGAGAGAUGUGUGAAUUUUAUCCAGAUACGCCAUUGUCAUCUUAUCUGAAAACUUUGUGGCUACUCUCAUAAAUUCCAUGUUACAAUUGACGAUUUCAAGAAAAGUGAAAAAUUAUAUAUUUAUUUAUUUGUUACUACAAAUAAUUCGAAAUUAUUGAUUAUAUAUUUUUAUAUUUGUUUGAUAAAUUAUUGAAAAUAAUAAACAUGUUGUGGAAUACAUGAGAAAAGAUCUAAGAGUGGAAAGAUGGUCGGAUGAGCGUCAGGACAUAGCCAGUUUGUGCUAGUCAAAAGUCACUAUCUUUAAUUCUCUUUGUAAUUUCUUUUGUUAGUUGCCUCAUUUACUAUCAUCGUGAUGAACCGAAUCACAUAAAUAUUAUUUCCAAGAAUCAAAAAUAAUAUCAACAUAUAUUUGGGUCAUUGUAGCAUUAAAAGAAACCGAUUCAAAAAGCAGCUUAAAUCUCAACGAUUCUACAAACAAGAAUCACAGAAAACACGAUAAUAUACGAAUUAUGUUAAAUUCAAACAAACGAUUAAAAUUAAAUAUCUCAGGGUAAUUCAUUGUCAAAAAAUUCUCUGAGAAACAUUACGAUACGCGUGUCCAUACGGUGUUACAAGAAGUUAGCGCAAUCAUUAUGGACGCAUACCAGUUUUUAGUUACAUGCAACCUCUAUGACUUUUCUACCAACAUGGUUUUUAUUAGCUCUAAUACAAACCAUAAGGAACAUCCGCUGAAAGAAGGCCUUGAUCAAUCUUUAUUAGUAUGAAUAAUAUCUAAAUUCUCUCGAAGUUCACACCACCAAUCGUAGUAUGUUCUACGUUGCCGUGAUUGGCAGUGGUAUGAAUGCAUCUAUUUCAAAGAUAUUUACGAAACUAACUUAAGAUUCGUCUUAAUGACAGUUGUCGUGCUUUACGUAUAAUAAUAAGUCCGGGUAUUCUCAUAAUUGAAAAAUAAAAUUCUUUUCAUUUUAGUAUGUGAAAAUCUUAAUCUAAUUUUAUUUGUCAUUUAAUCGUAGCAUGUUCUACGGCCGUUCGGUCAUGGCGGUAUCUUUUCCCAUGACUAUCCAAAAUAUUUCUCAAAUAAAUUAUCCUUCAGACGUAUUUGUUUCUUUUUUAUGCAAACUUCAUCGACGCCUCUGAAAUAAUAUAACUCUGGUACACCGUUUGCUCCUACCCCGUGAAAAUCGUGUUUUAUUUUCAAUGAUGUGAUAAUUUCUUUAAAAUAUUUUUCAGUCAUACUGCUUUGAAAUGUCAGUUGCCAGACCAAUUUCAGAUCUGAACAUUACUCCGGAGCUCUGAAAACUGUUGGUAUGAAUUGUUGUGGGGGUGUGGGGAAAGGAACAUUUUGUUUCGUUGUUGUAUACCAAUUGACAUUUACCGAAAUGAUGUUAUUCAUUCGUUCGGAUUGUCAUGACUUUGACAUACCGUUUACCUUCCAAAUUUGUUAUUCCACUAUUAGUGAGAAUGAAAAUUGCCUUUCCCGGUUAGCUGACUCUUGCAUCGAACAUGUAACAAAAAAAGUAAUUAAUGUCAAACUAUAAAGCCGAGCAAAAUUUGACAUAAUAAUAUAAGAGAAUUUUUUUAGAAAGUAGUAAAUAAAGUGAUGAACGUAAGUACUAUCACGUUGUUACAUCUGUGAUACAUCAGCCAGCCAGCCAAGUAUAAUCUUAAAUAAAAUACUGUCAAAAGUACAAAAUAAUUAUUUGAAUUCGUUAAAGAAAUCAAUGUGAAUAAAAGUAUUUCAACAUGCCCUUUAGAAGGGUAUAAGAUCUCAGUCACAGAAAUUUAGUCGAAUCAUGCAAUUGUAUCAUAUAUGGCAGCGUAAAUUGACUCCAGAAAAGUUUUAUCGAUCAGGGAUGUUCUUAUGAGACUAGAGAAAAUAUUUCUGUUGUAUGAUUAGCAGAAACUCGUCUUUAUAUAGUUAUAUAGCAUUCAGCAACAGUUUAGUUUGUCAUACAAGAUAUUCAUGGUGGCUUGAUUGCUUGAGUUUGCAGUUGCAGAACAUUGUUAUUAUCGGGAAUGAAAAAUUGAUAUUUUAUUAAAAUAGUGUUAAUGAGAUGAAAUUAUGUCAUCAGAUCUUAUUUUCAUUUUUAUUCGAUUCUGCAUUCAAGUGAGAACAUCCCCCAAAAUACUAUCAAACAUGCUAUUUUUUAUCUUAAUCGCCAUUACUCAUAAGAACGUAGAGUCUAAGCAGAUACAAGGUAUUUUUCGACUGAUAUCUUAUGAUGACACAUGAAGGUAUUUCUGAAGUUGCAUAUUUGAAUAAAGUAUGAGAGAGUGUAUGUUCAUGGAAUAUUUAAUGAUAAAAACAACAUAAUUUGUAGAACAUAUUCUGUAUGGUACAAGUGUAUCAUCCAGAAAAACGCAUCGGCAGAAGAACACAUAACUCUUGUAAAUAAUGAAAAAAUGUAUUUUCUUUUUUGUGUUACUUGCAUCUGCCGAUAUUUUGAUGUUAAAUAUCUUAUUAUUAUUGUAGAACAUUUGAUAAUGAUAAUGCACAAUGUUUUGCCCCUUAAAUGUUUACAAAAAUAGUAAAAGAAAAAAUCAUAAUAAUUACAAAUAGGUAUGUACGUACGUACAUAAGGGUACAAUAUACCUAUUGUAUGUUUAUCUACGCAUACACAGGGUCAAGUAAGAGAACACUGCGCAGAUCAAAUACCAUGUCUAAUUGUAAGUGAGGAGACAAAAGACGUUUGUUUCCUUACUAUAAAAUUAAAAAACAAUUUAAUCAACUUCGUGAUAUCGUUAGAUUGUUCAGAAAUGAUAUGCUGCUCUCUUUUUUCAUCUACUCAAAAUCGUUGGAAUGGAUAGUCAUCUCUCCUCACCCUUGUAUAUACAUAUGUAUAAUAUUUAAUAUAUUAUUGGAAGUAAUCAAAUAUUUCAUUUAUUAUCAUUUGUAGGAUUAUGUCAUUACUUUCAAUUCCACUUGCAUAUGUACAUCUCCAACUUUACUGUUCGAUAACGGAUAAUCAAUUACCUACGUAACAUUGUAUUCCAAACGAAUUUUUCAAAGUGUAUGAUGUUCAUAUAAUCGAAAAGAUCCGUGUUUUUGAUUUGUUCGACGUUUGGCGUGCAUUUUGCGAAAAUAACACGAUACUACUCCUACACGUCUUAUGAACCUUUCAUGGAAUAAUAAUUGUAUAAACGCAUAGAACUUUACCCCCCUGUUAAGUGUUACUAUUAUGGUAUUCCAUUUCAAUGCCAUCAAACCAUUAGAAUUAUUCGGGUUAUUUUGUUGGGGUUGUUUUUUCUGAGGUCAACUAGUCGCGGCACGCUUAUUUAAUUGGCAGCAAAGGCGGUUUGAACAUGAAAAACCCAGAACCGCCCCCUCAACCAUUAUCUUGAAAAUCUGUUUGCUAUAAAAUCAAGUUGUGUACAGCAGUUAUUGGUCUCAAGCAUGGAUAUUUCUUGGUUUCAAUAGCAUGAAUGACUCCAAUAGCAGUUAUUUCAUAUUUUAGUACCAAUAAGUGCCUUACACGUUGAAAAUAUCGCGGUAGUUUUCUCAUUCGGUAAAAGACAGAUAUUACGCUUACGAAUAUUCGCGCCACCACUGGUAGAUCUUAGAUAAUAUGGAUAAUAACGAAGGAAAGAAAUUAUGAAUUUUUCAAACCCUUCUCCGAACAUAUUCUAUAAUCACAACUACAAAAUCUGCAGCGAACAUUACUGAAUUUAGUCCCAUUUUUCGAAAUGUGUAAUCAAUAAAUUAUGCAAUUCUCGAACAAUGUUUUACUAUUCUAUGAAUAUCUUAAACUAAUUGAUUGUGUUCUAUAUAUAUGAGAGAAACCCCCAAGUGAAUGAAAUUGUAAUAUCGAAUAACUAUUAUCAUUAAUCAACAUCAUCUAAAUUUCCUCAUCAGAGAUUUAUCAAUCUUCACAACAUACUUUGAUGAUUUAGUAAAAUUAACAACAAAAUAGGUCACACGUUAUUAUAUUAAUGUGUACUUAUGUUAUACAAAUAACACUUGACUGAUAGACAAGCGUUAUCACGACUUGUCUUUGCAUGCCGCAACAUCAAUGAAGUUUCAAAUUUUAACAGUGUAACUAUAAACAUACAUCAUAUUUGUAAUGCACAAGACAACCCAUCUGCAAUAAAUGCAAUCUACCACAUA